CACAGCUUGAAGCUAUUGUCAAAAGAGUUUGUACCUCUAGUCCUGAAAUAAAAGAUGAGGUAUUAAGUUUGAUUAGUCAAAUUGAAAAUACAUACAGUGAUACUUCUAAAGAAAUUUCUUUCCUCAUUGAACAACUACGCCUCACCACUUAUUCUCCAAAUGGACUGCGCUUUUCUACUUUAUGUAUACGUCGUGCACUUGAACUGUAUUUGUCCUCCAGAUGCUGUUAUCGACAUUUAAGAAAUCUGCUUUGUUUGCCCAGUCCAAAGACUCUCAUUUCAAAAUUAGGAAGAGUUGGAGUUGGAAAUGAAAAAGAGUGCAAUAAUACAAUCAAAAAUGUUUUUGAAAAUUUUAAUAGUUCUGAAAAGCGUUGCUGCCUUCUCUUUGAUGAGAUGUAUAUUAAACUAAGUGUUAGUUUCAGAGGAGGAUACCUCAUUGGAUAUAGUGAGGACAAUCCCACUAAAAUUGCAAAAACGUUAUUAGUCUUUAUGAUUAAACCUAUGUUUGGUAAACCUUCUUUUGUUUGUAGAAUUGUACCAAUAUUUAAACUGUCAGUGCACUUUCUUCACGAUUUGAUUAUAAACAUAAAUAAACAAAUAAUUGAUGCAGGUGGAAAAUUACUGUGUCUUUUAUCAGAUAACCAUCCCACAAAUCGAAGUGUUUACCAAAAUUUUGUUGUUAAUAAAAGUUUUCCAUGGCAAGGUGUUAUAGAAAAAGAAAAACCAGUUAUUAUGCUACACGAUCCAGUUCACUUGUUUAAAAGUUUAAGAAAUAAUUGGUUUACGGAAAAAACGCAAACAAUUAGUUUAAAAAUUAAUAAUCAACCUCUCUCUGGUGAUUGGUCUCACAUUGUUCAAUUAUAUAACAGACAGAAAACUUGUGUUGCCAAAACUACAAAGCUUUCACGCAAGUCAGUGUACCCUAGUUUGAUUGAUAGACAAAAUGUUGCAAACAUGGUUGCUGUAUUUAAUGAAAAAACUGUUGCAGCAUUGAGAUUAGCUAAUUUUGAGAACACUGCCUGUUUUUUAGCACCAAUUGUUUCAUUAUGGAACAUGCUAAAUGUACAUUCAGACUGUUGCACAAUGGAUCUAAUGGAAGAGGAUAUUAUUUAUUUAGAUGAAUGUUUAAUUAAUGCAGACAAUGAAUCUAUUAAUGAUCAGGAGAAUGCUGCCCUUUUUUAUAUGACUGGUUAUGUACAGCACAAUAUCGAUCCGCAGCGUAUAGUUGAUACAACAACAUCACAAUCAGCUAGUUCUGAAUUUACAGAUUAUGUUUCACGUGGUAAAUUGCGUUAUCCUGGUGAUACUCUUCUCCAAUUUAUUUGUGUUUGUUAUCUACUGUUUAACAGCGUUCCAAUGUCUGAAAAACGUUUUCAAUGUGUUGUUUAUUUAAAGAAAUUAUUUUUAUUCUUGCAUUCAACAUUACCAUUUGAUUUAGAAACAGACAGUAUAGGUAUUUCAAAAGUUAUCUCAAUAAUAACUAACUGUUUCUUAAAAGGUGUUACGACCCUUGAUAAUACAUCUGGUAUUGUUUCAUUAAACAUUGAGGACAGAAAAAGAAACUCAAUACUUAGUGGUCUGAUUAUUUAG